CCCCUCCUCGUGUCCGUCCUCGACGUUCCUAACACCCUCCGCAGUCCUCCUCUGUCGUCAUACCAGGUCUGCCAACUAUGGGUUACCUUGGCUUCAUCUUCGGGUCCUCUACUUGGACUACCACCAAGCACGAUGUCGAGGUUGACCUCACGACCCGUUACGCCCCCAAGAGGCCGAUCAUCCGCCAGCCCAAACCACCAUCCAUUCCUGUUCCUAUGGAGAUUGUGAUGACCAUCCUCGAGUCUGCUUACGAUGAUCAAGAAGUCGUCGCGUACAACGCAUUGCUCAAGAACGCUGCGCUCGUGUGCAAGAGCUGGUCUAACGUAGCACAGAAGCUCCUCUUCCGUCAUGUCACCCUCUCCACACAGACCGCAUAUAUCGCUUUCCAAGGAGCUGUCGAUCGCACGACCGCACGGGGUCGCAUGCUCGGUGACUCGGUUGUCCGGAUGAAGGUUGUCCUCGACCAGAAGCAGCCCUACCGGCUUUCCCACAGGUCGUUCGCACGAGCCGUUUCUCUCUGCCCAAACCUGUAUGAGCUGGGCGUCGCGCUCUUCGGCGAGGGUGCACCCGGCCUCGAUAUCAUUGGCUUGCCAGACGAAUCCCGCAUGAAACGCUCUGUUCCUUCGUUCGACGAAACGACGCUCGCAAUUCUCCGGGCUGGUCCCCAGAUCUCAGCGCUUCAGUUCAGCAACUGGUCCGACAACAGCGAUUCGCUACUGCAGCUUCUUGACGUCUGGCCCUCGCUUGCCUCGCUCGAUAUCAGCGGUACCACUCCCCGUCUUCCGAACGAGACCGUGGCGCCCUUCCCAUGCGCCCUUCGUGAGCUUCGCACGAAUUUCCAGGUCUCGCCCUCGGUCGAGUUCAUGCGCUGGCUUCUGCACAAUUCGAGGGAGUCGCUUCGUGUGUUGGACCUCGCGCGCCAGCCCGCGCCGGACAUGCUUGAUUUCCUUGCUACCGAGCACGGUCCCACGCUGGAGUCCCUGGCUCUUCCAACGUGCGGCACCCACGAGGGCGCUGUGUCAGUGCUGAAAUGCACAGCGCUGCGGGAGCUCAAGAUGGAGAGUGCCUGGGCGGCUCCGAUGCUGUUAAGGGGCCUGCCUCAUGGCCUCCAGCACCUCGCGUUCGGCGUUGGUGCGGAUACGGCCCUCCAACACAUCGUUCAGGCCAUCAAGAAGAGUGACGAGCUACGGGUCGUGACGAUGCAGGUCUGGCAUGGCGGGGAACGCCAUCCUUAUCUGCCCAACCUGCGGAUCGCGUGUGCUCUCAAGGGAGUCGAGCUCAGGCAAACGAAUGACAUGCCGGCGUUCCGCGUCAUGACUCGCGGCGACCCAGUGCCAUCAGCGAGCUAUCCCCGUACGCGGUCGAUCAACAACGUCCUCUACAUGGCCUCACGCGCUAUGACGAAAACCUCCACGACCGACAUCUGAAUCUGCAUUUAGGACAUUCUGCUUAUCUCAUUCGUGCGCACUGCGCUUAAUCCCAUGACAUGUCUCCUUCUUUGUACCCGGUGUUGCUCGAAACGGACAGUCCCCAUCGCAAGUACUGUGCUCUAUCUGUAUCCAUCUGGCCCUCCGCACGUCACGUUUCCAGAAAAUGACGACCAACUCACGACCUUCGCUUUCUAAUCGCAUCCCCAUUGACACCUUGUCGCUUCUUGUUUACAUCAUAAGCUAUUUCUUGCAAAUAACCCCUUCUGGCCCUUUCCUUCAUUGCCCGAUGUUCCAUCAUGCACAUCGAUUCGCAUCGCAUCGCACGCCCGACGAGACUCGCCCGCAGCACCCUUCCUACUUUCGACAUCGGAACGACUAAUAGAACGUCUCGUUUAGAUUCUGACUCCACUCAUGCUCCCGCCCCCGCUUUCGCGCUCCCCGCUUUCGUUCUAUUCGCUUUCCGUAAUCGUCCGCGCCUUUUCCUCCUCCCGCCUUGCCAUCACCCGCCCACACGCUUCGAUUCGCCCUCGCUCCGGUCGGACGUCAUCUUGAACAUAUCCUCGCUCAAUCGCACGCAGGCUGCACACGGCUCUGACGCUCGCAGGCAUCCGACAGCACACUAAUUCGCUACGCUACGCACUGCGCCCUUGCGUAAUGUUUACACUAUCACCAGUAUCCAGGGACGGCUCUAGCUCGUCGCGGGAUUGUAAUGGCCGUCGUCGCGCGGUGCGGAGGGACGGGGGAUGCAUGUCGUCGCCAUGGGGGGUCGUCGGGCGAGCCAUGAGUUUGUGAAUUGUCGGGCAUUGGGGUCGUGUUGGCAGGGGAUAGGGACGGGAAAGAGGUGAAGGAGAAGACGCUCGUUUAGGUUGCGGUGCGCGAAGCACCAGUUCGUUCGUUGGUGUCGCUCGUUACUACAGCAUGCCCUGUACAUACUGGCUUGGGUGUACGUUAUUCGCCGCCGCAAUGGUUAUCGCACGCCUCCUGCGCGUGCUGUGAUCCUCGC